AUGCCCGAUUCGCGUCUUCGAAAACAUAGACCCUUCAAAUGGCUUCGAAACAGACAGGAAGACAAAUCAGGGAAUGGAAAUGGUACUCAUCAACUGACCAUUCGCAAUGCGACUCCUAAGCCCAAUGCGACUCCUGAAGCGAUAGAGAAUUCGACCACGACUGCCGAGGCUGAAGACUUGUGGGCAAUGGCCAGGAAAAUACUGGCCCAGGAUAAAAGGAUGUGCCUGAUGUUGGAAGAAGCAACGAAAAUCGUUGAACAACAUGGCCUUGAGGGUGUAACACAGGGCACAUCCAAUUCCGAACAACUCCACAGCUCUCUUACCGCCAAGGUCGAAGAACUGAAGCGGAAGGAGAUGGUGAUCCAGAUUGAUGACCACUAUAUCCAUGUCAAAGAGAAAAUAAUGCAGGCCAUCUGGAAUGUCCUAGUGUUGAAGGAUCUGGUCAGCACAGCUGCAUCUACCAGCCCUCCAGUGGCGAUAGUCUGUGCCUGCAUGACUGUCGCUCUCCUGAUGUUUAUCCGUGCCGAUGAUCAAGAAAAAGACCUUCUCGAAGGGUUAGAGAAAACAUCUGGAUUGAUUCCUCGUCUCCGCAUGAUGGAAGAUCUCUAUCUCAAAUCUAAUAUUAGUCUCCCCAGUGAUUUUACCAAACAAUUCAAAGAAGAGCUGGUGUCUUUGUACGGGAGAGUUCUCGAGUUCCAGGCUCGAGCGCUAUGUUUCUUGCAAAGGCAUACCUUGGAGAGAAUGUUCCGCAAUAUGUUUCAUGAAGACUGGAAUGCGCUGAAAGUCAACAUUGCGAGCCAAGAAAAUGAAGCCCGAAACUUCACUCAGCUUAUUGAAGCCCAAGGGAGGAAGCAGGACAUGGAAAAGCUCUCACGUUCAAUGCAAAAAGCUGAAGAAAGGCAUCAGCUCCAGCAAAGCAUUUUGGAUCGAAAUAAAAAAGUGUUCCACUUCCUUAAGCUGCUCUAUCGCGUCUGUCCAUACAAAGAGCGAAAAGACCGAGUUGACAAGCGUGUACACGGCACGUGCCAGUGGUUUACCAAACACAUCGAGUUCCAUAAAUGGAAAGAAAACCAAGAUUUGAAACUUCUAUUCGUCUCAGCAGGUCCAGGAUGUGGAAAGUCAGUCUUGUCAAGAUAUCUAGUUGAUGAGGUUCUCCCUGCUGAAAGAAGGACGAUUUGUUACUUCUUCUUUCGUGACGACUAUCCUGAUCAGAAAACACACACAAUUGCGCUUGCCAGUAUGUUACAUCAGCUCUUCCUGGCUCAUCCAUAUCUUGUGUCAGAUGCUGUGCUAGGCCAAUAUGACGCCGAAGGCGAAAGGCUUCUUGAAUCAUUCCACACCCUGUGGAAGAUUUUCAUAGAUAGCAUGACCGGCCUCGAAACUGAAACUAUAAUCUGUGUGAUAGAUGCCUUGGAUGAGUGCCAAGAAGAUGAAAGAAGGCAGUUUGUUAAAGCCAUAGAGGACUUCUAUCGGACAGAUAAAAAUAACCGAAAGUUGAAGUUCCUUCUAACAAGAAGACCUUAUGGGGCAAUCGUUGAGGAUUUUCGUGAGCUAGAGGCUCAAAUGCCGACAAUCCACUUGAGUGGAGAUGGUGAGACUGAAUCGGCAGCAAUUUCAGGCGAGAUCAACCUGGUGAUCAAGAAAAGAGUUCACGACAUCCGCAUUCGCAAAGGUCUGGAUAAUGACGACGAAGAAUUCCUGGAAAGGAAGUUGACAGCGAUGCCGAACCAAACAUAUCUUUGGGUUGCUCUUACUAUGGAUUAUAUUCGCGAUCUCGACGGCUUCACCAAAGGAAACGUCCGCGAAACAGUGCUUCCUGAAACGGUCGAUGAUGCUUACGAGAAGAUAUUGAACAGAAGCAAAGAUAAACUCAAAGCCAAGCGUUUACUUCAUAUUGUCCUGGCCGCGGCAAGACCACUAUCUGUGGAAGAACUAUCUUUAGCCAUGGCACUGAAAAGGAAAGACCAGCCUCUUGAUGACAUACUGGAGUCAAUGGAGUCUUCUGAUAGGUUCAGAAUCACAUUACGAAGCAUCUGUGGAUUGAUGCUUGUCGUCGUUAACGAUAAGAUCUACCUUCUGCAUCAAACUGUAAAGGAAUUCUUGGUUCGGGAUUCUUCAACGUCAGCUGAUCCAGUAUCAUCUAUCCACUGGAAGCAUGCACUUUCAGCAGAGGAGUCACACAAGACUCUUGCAAAAAUAUGCGUGUGGAAUAUAUGUGCUGCUUCGAUGGAGACCGGUCUGAAUGUACUUCUGAGAUACUCGGCAGACUAUUGGUUAGAUCACUUCCGUGAAGCCCGUUUUCGUCACCAGGACGAGAUGACAAAUUUGGGAUGUUGUCUUUGUGUUCCAGGAUCGAAAUUAUACAAUACAUGGGCAGAGGUUUCUCCAAAGUGGGUUCUUCCGGAAGAACGAACAGGACUUAUUCUUGCAGCGAGUUAUGGGCUUUCGUCCGUCGUGCAAAGAUUUCUAGAGCAUACCGGCGUGGAAGUGAAUAGCACGGAUGCCAAGUUUGGCCGCACUCCACUUUCAUGGGCUGCUUUUAGGGGACAUGGAACUGUGGUUAGUCUGCUUCUCGAUGCUAAGGCCGACAUAGAGUCUAAGGACUCUAAUGGCCAGACCGCGCUUUCAUUGGCUGCUGAAAGUGGACAUGAUACUGUGGUCAGUCUGCUUCUUGAUGCUAAGGCCGAUAUAGAGUCUAAGGACUCUUAUGGCCAGACUGCGCUUUCAUUGGCUGCUUUUAGGGGACAUGGAACUGUGGUUAGUCUGCUUCUUGAUGCUAAGGCCGAUAUAGAGUCUAAGGACUCCAUUGGCCAGACUGCGCUUUCAUUGGCUGCUGAAGUGGACAUGAUAUUG